CUAAAAAAAAUAAAAUUCAGCCUACUUUUGCCAAAACAACAUGUCAAUACAACUAUCCUUUAAUUGAUUUUAGAAAAGAUAAAGUACCAACAAUUAAUCUGAUAAACAAUCCUUGGGUUAUAUAUAAAAUACUUAUAGUGAAUAAUUCUGAUGAAGAAAGUUUUAGUACUAUUCAAUCCCAAA